AUGUCAACAUCAGAGAACACAACAACUGCUAUCGUUCAUGAAGUCAUAAAUGAAGAAUACGAAUACAUACAGUAUAACAAACAAUUGAGACUCAUUCGUUCAGUCAAAGAUGAUAUGUACCAAAUGCAAAGUAUUUUGACAGCAUGUUAUGCUCCAGAUACCAAACAUACAGACGAUUGGUUCAAAAACCAAAGCACACAAGAACUUUUGAGCGAAGCACAGCGAGACAUACUUUUUUCUGAAAACAGUGAAGAACAGCGAGUAAGUAAAAAACCGCAGUCGCCUAAAACUCAUGAAAACAGUGAAGAACAGCGAGUAGGGAAAAAACCCUGGUCGCCUAAAACUCAUGAAAACAGUGAAGAACAGCGAGUAGGUAAAAAACCGGGGUCGCCUAAAACUCAUGAAAACAGUGAAGAACAGCGAGCCCGACUUUUUUCGGGGUCGCCAUAA